AUGUUGCAACGUGACUUCAUCGCUUUAUUACCUCAACAUUUGGCCGAGAUGAUUCUUUCAAAUCUGGACGCCCGAACCCUUGCUGCUUGUGAAGCUAUUCCCAAGGCCGACUCGUUCGCAGAGUCACUAAACCCUUUUGUUUCCGAAUGA